AUGAGCUACAUUGACAAGCCGCGCUUCCACAAGCCGACGCACCCUGCGCGUGCCAAGCCUGUGCCGGAGGACCCGAGCUUGGAGCCGUCGACGGCGCUGCGCCUGCCGCUCUUGAGGUCUGAUCAUGUGCCGAGCGACGCACCGCCUCUGCAGGCCCACGCACAGGCCGGUAUCGAGAUGCAGCGCAGGGCCAUGGAUGAUGUGCGCGAGCGCGACAGGCAGCAGGCCGAGCAGCUCGAGAUCCUCAUGCGCGCCAAGGCACAGCUGCGCAAGGAACUGCCGCUGUGCGGUGUUCGAUGCGCCGCGGCCGCGUGCAGCUCACUCGCUCACCACCCGGACGUCCGUGAGCAUGUGUUCCGGUCGCGUCGCUCGAAGCACAUCCAGCCUGAUCCGCAGGGCGAUGCAGCCGUCCGUGUGCUGCAGCUGAGUCUGCAGCAGGACGAGCGCGUGCCACAGCCUCUGAUGGCCGCCGUGCAAGCCUGGAACGGCACGCUGAUCCCGCAUCCUGUCGUCUUCGACUGGGACUACUGGAACGUCGAUCAAAUUCUGCGCGCAUUGCUCCCCGAUGCGCUCGAAGAGGGCGCCCCAUCAGCCUUUUCCAUGGUCGGACACAUUGCGCACGUCAAUCUCCGUGAAGAGUACUUGGCCUAUCGCUACCUGAUCGGCCAAGUGAUUCUCGAAAAGACGCCGCGCGUCGAGACGGUCGUCAACAAGCUCGACACGAUCGAGACGGAAUUUCGCGUCUUUGCGAUGGAGCUGCUCGCCGGCAAGCCGGCGUACACGGCGCAGGUGUCCGAGUCGGGCUGCCUCUUUACGCUCGACUUUCGGCACGUGUACUGGAACAGCCGCCUUCACACUGAGCACGGACGCCUCAUCGACCAGUUCCUGCCGUUCCAAGUGGUCUCGGACGUCAUGGCCGGCGUCGGGCCUUUCGCUGUGCCAGCCGCCAAAAAGGGAUGCUGGGUCCUGGCCAACGACCUCAACCCAGCAUGCCACGCCAGUCUCGUGCACAAUGCACGCCAAAAUAAGGUCGAGGCGCACUGUAUACCCAGCUGCGAAGACGGCCGCGCCUUCAUCCGGCGCAGUAUCCUGCAGGCAUGGGACGCCGCAUUCCCCGCCCAGGACGCCUCUCUGAUGAGCGGGCGCCAGAAGCGGCGCGAGAGAAAGACGCCUAGCGACACGACGCCAUCCGCCCUCGAUCCUCGGCCACGUCGGCUCAUUGACCACUUUGUCAUGAACCUGCCCGCGACGGCUCUCGAGUUCCUCGAUGCCUUUCGCGGUGCGUAUACGGAUCUCGCCCAGCAUGUGGGCUACGAGGCUCUCGAGGCUGAAAUCCAAGCUCGGCAGCAGGCUCCGCAACUCGAGCCGUGGCCCAUGGUGCACGUCCACUGCUUCACCAAGGACGUAGAACAUGCCGCCACGGACAUUUGCGCUCGCGCCAGUGCUGCGCUCGGUGCGCAUCUCGCGCCCUCCGACGUGUCGCUGCACCUGGUCCGCUCCGUGGCGCCCAACAAGGACAUGUACUGCCUGAGCUUCCGUCUACCUCGCCAUGUGCUAUACCAUCCUUAG